GAAACCUAUCAAGGGCGGUAGUAAGUUAUUUGAGACUGGCGUUGGAAAAAGCGAAGGUCCUGGAAGAUCGAAAAUCGUGACGCAUUUAAGUAAGCUACGAAAAUGAUUUUUUACAGCGAAGGUCAGAGAGGAAAUUAUCCAAUCAUGAACAAGGAAGUGCGCAUGCGUGUUAGAGUAGUAUUCUGACUAGAGUUCAGUUUUAUUUACCAAAGAAAUGGAGACAAUUCAGAAGCUGAUCAACAUUAGCAGGACAUCAGUGUGUUUUCUUACCCCAUCACUGAAAGCGCACUGGAUCAGGAUGUUGAGUAGAAGCUGUUCCAGCUCUUCGUCAGAUAAACGGUCUCCUCGUCCCUCAGUACUGAGGCAUCUGGUGUCCAAAAUCACAGCCACGGGUCCCAUCACUGUCGCUGAGUACAUGCGUGAAGUUCUAACUAACCCAGUCUCGGGAUAUUAUGUGAAGAAUGACAUGCUGGGAGCUGACGGAGAUUUUAUAACAUCUCCAGAAAUAAGCCAGAUUUUCGGAGAGUUGCUUGGGAUCUGGUGUGUUAGCGAGUGGAUGGCUGCAGGGAAACCCAAAACGUUUCAGCUUGUAGAACUCGGACCCGGACGAGGCUCCUUGACCAGUGACAUCCUGAGGGUCUUCAGUCAGCUGCAGUCAGUUCUAUGUGGAGCGUCAGUGUCUGUUCACCUGGUGGAGGUGAGCCCAAAGCUAAGUGAAGUCCAGGCUCAGUCUCUAGUUGGAGGAACCACUCAGGUGCGUGUGAGUGAUGAAGAGUCUGUGUAUCGCACUGGCACAACACACACCGGCGUUCCUGUGUCGUGGUACCGCAGGACAGAUGACAUUCCCAGAGGCUUCAGUAUUUUCUUGGCGCAUGAGUUUUUUGAUGCGCUGCCCAUUCACAAGUUUCAGCGAACGGAGAAGGGUUGGAGAGAGGUGAUGGUUGAUAUCGACCCUGACAAACGCGAUAAGCUCAGAUUCGUGGUGUUUCCUGCUCCUACACUCGCAUCUACUACACUCAUACAAACAGAUGAACAACGGCAACACGUGGAGGUUUGCGCGGAAGGCGGAGUCAUUGUUCAGAAACUGGCUGCUCGGAUCUCAGAGGACGGGGGUGCAGCACUGAUCGCAGACUACGGCCACAAUGGAACGAAGACGGACACAUUUCGAGGUUUUAAAGGACACAAACUGCAUGACGUGCUCCAGGAUCCGGGCAGCGCAGACCUGACUGCAGAUGUUGACUUUAGUUAUCUGAGGAAGAUGGCCGGAGAAGCCGUGGUCUGCUUCGGACCUAUCACACAGAAAGACUUUCUCAAGAACAUGGGCAUCGAUGCACGCCUGCAGGUGCUGUUGAGAAGCUGUAAAGACUCCUCCAUCCAAGCUCAGCUUGUUCAUGGCUACAGCAUGCUGACAGAUCCAGAGAAAAUGGGCCACAGAUUUCAGUUCUUGUCACUGCUGCAUCCCAGUCGCCUGGCUCAGCCAGAGGAAGAGAAAGGAGUCAUGAUGCAGAGGAGGACUAAGAGCACGGCACCACUUCCUGUCGCUGGGUUCACUGAGCUCGGACUAAACUGAAAGCUGACUCUAAUCCCAUCACUUUUUUCACAGCAAUGCAGAAACUGUCCUACAGUUCACAUUUCUGUCCUAUUCUUGUAUAUUUAUCCUUAGAAAACGAACACAAGCAGUACAGUAAAUUUAAGAAUCAGGGAAUGGAUUAUAUUUGCUGAGCAAAAGUAUUUUGGUGCACACGUGUUUUUUUUUCCCCACUAAAAUAUCCAAUCAUCCACCAUGGAUGGGAAGCUUGUACAGAUAACAGAGCAUCAUACAGACUUCUCUACAGACUGUACAAGUAAAACUGUACACAAAUAAACAUACACAGCACAGUAAGGACUGAUGCUUAACUGUCUCUAAUGGAUUUCAAGUAGAUUACAUUUCUCAAAGUGUAAUGCGGUUCUUAUUUGUUGUACACAGAACUAUUUCUGCUGUUUGUGUGUGUGUGUGUCUGUGUGUUUGUGUCUAGCCUGGUUUUUCAAGAUAAAGUGCUGUGUUCUUAGAUGCAUAGAGUUUUAUAUGA